GAAAACGAUGGCCAUUAUUAACCUCUGGCCGCCAAAAACCCUAGAAUGUGUGAAUUUUCUCCUUCCCUCAAUUUCGCUGAGUCGCUCUCGAAAAGGCUAGGGUUCGAUUUUGAUGAACGUGUUUCAAUCUAUCGCAUCUCCGUUUCGCGAUGUCGAAGAGGGUUCAAUGCAAGUUCUUUGCACAUGGAGCAUGUCUUAAAGGGGACCAUUGUGAGUUUUCACAUGAUUGGAAGGCCUCACCAAAUAAUAUUUGUACCUUUUAUCAAAAAGGUGUCUGCUCAUAUGGUGGUCGAUGCAGAUAUGAACAUGUUAAAGUUUCUCAUUCUCAGCCUUCUGCUCCAUCUUCAUCAACAAGUUCUCACCAGUUGCUGGUUCCAGAUUCUGCUUCUCUCACUCAUCCUUCUAGAACUGUAACAAAUGGGUUGAUUCCAGCCCCAGGUGUCCCUCCAGAGCCAUCAGCUUCUAGUCGACCUUUAUUUCCACCCACUCAACCAGCAUGGAAUCAAGAGUCUGGGGAUCAGGAUUUCUUAGAAAAUAAUAUUGGAGAACCUAGGACUGAUAGGCCAGCUGACCAGUCCAUCUGUUCAUUUGCUGCUGCUGGUAGCUGUCCACGUGGGGAGAAAUGUCCUCAUAUUCAUGGCGACUUGUGCCCCACAUGUGGAAAACAUUGCUUGCAUCCUUUCAGACCCGAGGAAAUAGAAGAACAUUUAAGAACUUGUGAAAAAAAGCAAAAGCAUCUUGAGGCAUUAAAACAUAGUCAAGAAAUAGAAUGCAGUGUGUGCUUAGAUCGUGUUCUUUCAAAGCCCACAGCAGCUGAACGGAAGUUUGGAUUGCUUUCAGAAUGUGAUCAUCCAUUCUGUAUAUCCUGUAUCAGAAAUUGGCGUAGUAGUUCACCAGCCUCUGGAAUGGAUAUCAAUACUGCAUUGAGGGCCUGCCCAAUUUGUCGCAAGCUUUCAUAUUUUGUCAUUCCGAGUGUCAUUUGGUAUUCAACAAAAGAAGAAAAGCAGGAAAUCGUUGACAGCUACAAAGCAAAACUCAGGUCUAUUGACUGCAAGCACUUUGAUUUUGGAAAUGGGACAUGCCCUUUUGGCACUAGUUGUUUUUACAAGCAUGCAUACCGUGAUGGUCGCCUGGAGGAGGUAGUUCUGCGUCAUCUCGGGGCCGAAGAUGGACAUGUUAUGAUCGCUAAAAAUAUCAGGCUUUCAGACUUCCUUGGUGGCUUGCAUAUAAGGAUGUCUACUACUAUGAACUAUGAAGGAAAUGUGUGCUACUUUACUUUAGAUGCUGAAGAUCUCAAUUGCCAGUGUCACUCGCCAGUUAUUUUUAAGAAUUGCUUGGUGGAGUGGAACUCGAACAAGGAUUGAAGGCAGGGGCAUGGCUGGCUAUGUAAUAAAAUGCAUCUAAAUUAUAAGUGAAAUAAAACUAGACGAUAACAUCAUCAGAAUGGCCAAAUAUGUUUGAGGCUUUCAACAUCUAUAUGCUUGCCAGUCGAUAUUUUCCAUUAAUUUCCCCCCUUUUAAAGAACAUUGAAUUUGAAUAAGGGAAAUGCCAGUAGCUGUGUGUUUACAACGUAUGCCCGCCUGCCUGCCUGCCUGCUCCAAUCAAUAAGACACUUGGGAACUAAAAUCUCUAUAGAUACUGGGUUUUACUGUGAUUAUUGGCGCUGUAUUGCUUGAUAUGAUGAACUGGGAAAACAUUAUUUAUAAGGUUUUUUUGUGUCUUUUGGCUUCGAUUUCCCCAGGAUACCCUUUCAUGUGUGAUGAAUUCAUGCUGGAGAGAUCAGAUUAUUGAAGGAGCAGAUUGGACUUGUGGAAAUCUCGAUACUUGGUAUGUAUGAAUCCUUCGGGUUCAGAAUUAUUUGGUGUCAUUUUUUGUAGUUGAAUCAUAUUCCAGGUUGUGUUGUAUAGCCUUUAUAUAUGAUGUACAACGAAUGGAAAUGGGAGAAUUUUCAUUAGCUGUCUA